AUGGUUCUGAAACGAUCAAAAGGUUACCAAGAUAUCGAUGAAAAUAAUGGAUCUCUACCGCCUACCAACCCUGUUAUGGACGCGAAUAUUAUACCUCAAGAGAUUGAGAUGGCUUCCGUUUCUGUUGUACCUGAUGAUACCUUUACUGUGACACAAGCUGUGAAUGCCCUAGGAUUUGGUUGGUUUCAAGUUAAAUUAUCAUUAUGGACGGGAUUGUGUUGGAUGGCUGAUAGUAUGGAAAUGACGAUUUUAUCAAUAUUAUCACCGGCUCUUCACUGUGAUUGGCAAAUUUCUAGGUACCAGCAGGCCUUGACAACAACUGUGGUGUUUUUAGGAAUGAUGCUAUCAUCGACAUUUUGGGGUAACUUAAGUGAUAGAUAUGGCAGAAAACAUGCAUUGACAUUAUGCGCAAUAUUAUUAUUUUACUACGGCCUACUUAGUGCUGUAGCACCCAGUUUUAUGUGGCUGCUACUUUUAAGAGGUCUCGUUGGGUUUGCUAUAGGAUGCACCCCUCAAUCUGUUACGUUGUACGCGGAAUUUUUACCAACGAAACAGAGAGCAAAAUGUGUUGUCUUGCUCGAUUGUUUUUGGGCAUUAGGUGCAUGUUUUGAGGUAGCCUUAGCACUAGUUGUAAUGCCUACAUUAGGUUGGCAUUGGCUGUUAGCUCUGUCUACAGGGCCGCUACUUGCAUUUGCAUUAAUUUGUCCAUGGUUACCAGAAUCUGCGAGGUUUCAUGUGGCCAGUGGUCAAACUGAGAAAGCAUUAGAAACUCUGGAAAAGAUAGCCAAAGAUAAUGGAAAGCCAAUGCUUUUAGGUAGAUUGGUGGUUGAUGAUUCAUUCACUUCCAGCCCUCAUCGAGGAAGGUUUCGGGACUUGUUAGUACCGUCUUUGCGAAAGACGUCGCUUCUUCUUUGGUUUAUAUGGAUGACUUGCGCAUUUUGCUACUACGGAUUAGUUCUGAUGACGACGGAAUUAUUCGAAACUUCUGCAAAUUUAUGUUCUGAUAACAACGCAUUUGUUCAAACAGUUGAUACUUGCGCUGCCGAAUGCAGGGAAUUGCAGACUACAGAUUACAUGGAUUUGUUAUGGACUACUUUAGCAGAAUUUCCAGGUAUUUUUAUUACCAUAGCGAUUAUCGAGAAGUUCGGUAGAAAGAAAACUAUGGCAGUGCAGUUUGUUACGUACGCGUUUUGCUGUUGUUUUCUUACACUGUGCACAGAAAGGAGAGCAUUUCUCACCGCGAUGUUAUUCUUUGCAAGAGGUAUUAUAGCGGGAGUUUUUCAAGCUGCUUACGUUUACACUCCAGAGGUUUAUCCUACAUCAUUGCGGGCUGUUGGUGUGGGAUCAUGCAGCGCUAUGGCUCGAUUGGGAGCCAUGAUAACACCAUAUGUGGCUCAGGUAUUAUUAAAAUCAUCUGUGACAUUUUCUACGACCAUAUACGCUACGGCCGCUAUUAUGGCAGCCGUCGGUUGUAUUUUACUUCCAAUCGAAACGACCGGUAAGGAAUUAACUGAAAACGUUCAACAACAAGCGAUUUCUGCAUCAACGAAUCGAUGA